AUGUUAAGAAGUUCAAUCAGAUUAAGACCACUUCUUGGGAGAAGAAAUCUUUCGAUUCAUGAAUAUAGGUCUGCACAAUUGCUGCGGAAAUAUGAUGUCCCUACUCCUAGAGGCAGCAUUGCUUUUUCUCCUCAAGAAGCAACACAAAUUGCGAAAGAUUUGAAUUGUGCCCAGGUUGUAUUAAAAGCUCAAGCAUUAACCGGUGGCCGUGGGAAGGGCCACUUCAAAGAGAGUGGAUUUCCAACUGGUGUUAAAGUUAUAAAUAGUAAUCUGAGCAAUGAAAUUGCGGAUGCAGCUUCGAAGAUGUUGGGUAAUCAUUUAAUUACUAAGCAAAGUGGUCCAGAUGGUAAAUUUGUAUCUGGCGUAUACGUUGUCGAGAAGAUUAAUGUAGAGAAAGAGGCAUAUUUAUCUAUUUUAAUGGAUAGAGAAAAGAAAGUUCCAUUGAUCAUUGCGUCAAAAGAUGGGGGUGUAAACAUUGAAGAAGUUGCGGCCAAAAAUCCUGAUGCUAUCAACAAAUUCUAUGUUGAAGAUCUCUCAAAAGGAAUCACUAUGGAUGAUGCUAGAGAUAUUGCGAAGAGCUUAAAUUUUAGUAAAGAAUUAUUAGAUGAUACGGCAAGAACCAUUUUAAGUUUGUAUAAGAUUUUUAUUGAAAGGGAUUCAACGCAAGUUGAGAUUAACCCAUUGAGCGAAGUUUCAUUAAAGACGUCAUCAGGAAAAAUAAAACAUGCGGUUAUGUGCAUGGAUGCGAAAUUUGGCUUCGAUGAUAACGCUAGUUUCAAACAAAAAGAAAUCUUUGAGUGGAGAGACUUAACACAGGAAGACCCUGAUGAAAUUGAAGCUAAAAAGAAUGAUCUGAAUUUUGUUAAAUUGAAACAAGGUAACAUCGGUUGUCUUGUAAAUGGUGCAGGUUUAGCUAUGGCUACCAUGGAUGUCAUUAAAUUGAAUGGUGGUAAUCCUGCAAAUUUCUUAGAUUGUGGUGGCGGUGCAACGCCUGAAACCAUCAAGAAAGGAUUUGAAUUGAUUAUGUCCAAUGAAAAAGUUAAGGCAAUCUUUGUCAAUAUCUUUGGCGGUAUUGUUAGAUGCGAUUAUGUGGCUAAAGGCCUUGUAGAUGCAACCAAUGAGUUAGGACUGAAAGUUCCAAUCAUUGCAAGAUUACAAGGUACAAAUUUAGAAGAAGGACUUGAAAUUAUUAAAAGAUCGGGGCUCAAAAUCCAUUCGUUUGAUCAGUUAGAUCCAGCAGCGGCAAAAGCGGUUGAAUUGGCUUCUGCAUAA